AUUACACGUGUGAACCAACAUGGCUGCCGUACAGAAAGCCAUUUGCCUUGUUACUGGAGGCGCCUCUGGAUUGGGACGGGCAACUGUUCAAAGACUGGCACGACAUGGUGCAAGAGUCGUUAUAGCUGAUCUUCCUUCUAGCGAUGGAGAAAAUGUAGCUAAGGAACUUGGGGAGAAUUGUUGCUUCGCGCCAGCUGAUGUGAGUAGCUUUAAGCCGGCAUAAAAAUAAUGUUUCCUAAAGACUAACCGUAUCUUUUAAUAUGUACAUUAAGGGACGUUCCUAGGCUUCUAGAUCCUAGAAGCUUGUAUAUACAAGCUAAAAUAGCCUUGAACUGUAAAGAUACUGUCAAAGAUACUGGAAUCGGGAGGUCAAAAUUUAGGGCAUAAGAGGGGGUGGGGUUAGGGGAGUGUCUUUCGGCCAUGGCCGUGUCUUUCACGUUUCUCGAAAUUCUAUUUUUGGUUUAGAUGGGCAAUAUAUUCUUACCUUACAUAUUCCUUGGAAGGCAAUCAACAGACUAUUACUGCUAUUAAAGUUGCUUACACACAUGUACAUGUGCAUGAAUUCUUUCCUUGUGCAAGAACCUUGUAAUUUUUUCUCUCCCCCCUUUGCACGAACAACCUUGCAGCUCUGGGAAUUAAGACCUCACAGGAUUGAUUGGGAAGUUUAGGUGAUGUUACACGAGACGAUUCACAACGACGAUUUUUAGCGCAACACAGCAUUGCAAUGUUGCAACAAUGUUGCAACCAUUUGAAACAAUGUCGCAACAAUGUUGCAACAUUGUGUUGCGCUAAAAAUUGUCGUUGUGAAUCAUCCUGUGUAACAUCACCUUUAGUGAACAAGUUAACAAUGGAGGAGACUAUGAUGGAGUCUAGCCCAAAAACUAAAGAGCCGCAAGCUAUAGGGCCAGAGUCUGAUUAAAUUAGAGGUUCUGAAUAGCGGUGAGGCUGCUUUGCAUAGUGUAGACAUGAAUGUAUGAAGGAAACAUGUCCUCUUUUUGCCUCUCCUUAAUCUCCAACUUACCUAAAGAAACCUCUUUGGAGAAGAGAGGUAAUUUAUUUGGCUUUUGCCGACCCUUCUUUAUUUUCACCCCAUCUUUACCUCUCUAGAAUAAUAUAAGAGAGGGUAAUAAUUUGCCACACCAUGCAUGAUAACAUUUCUUUUGCCUGAAAGACUCAGAUAGUUGUUCUUAGUUAAUUCCUAAGCCUCCCAACAAUUUUCCUACCCAAUGUUUUCCCCCCCUUUUUUUCUAGGUUACCUCAGAAGCUGAUGUUAGCCAAGCCAUCAAGCUUGCUAAUGAGAAGUUUGGACCCUUGACUGUCACAGUCAAUUGCGCUGGAAUAGGCAUUGCAAUGCGAACUCUCUCGAAAAAGGGAGUGCACCCUCUUAAUCAAUUUGAAAAAGUUUUAAAGGUAACUUUCUCUUUCAGCUCAUAUCCCCCAUUUUUGUUGCAAAAAGACACAGGCUAAUGUAAAUGGUUUAUUAAAGCUUUAUUUUGUCACGUCAAGACGUAACACAUAUAUGUCGCUACAUACAAAGCUUUUCAAGUGGUAUAAAAUAUUUGUGUGUCUUUGUCUCUGAGAAGUAUGACUCAAUUCUACAUGCUAGUGGAAGAGGGAUAGAUGUUAGUAAAUGCACUUUAAAAAUGUAGAUCAAAAUUUAAACAAACACACUGUUUCGUAGAACAGGAUUGAAGAACACCUUUAACUUUCAAGGAUCCAUGACCCUGUCCACCUUGGAGGAAGAUAUACCCCGGUCCAUUCCCUUGCUGUUCUUGGAUGGCAUGCAAUAGUCAUCAAAGCCCCCUAUACUUGCAGCCCUUUCACUCGUCGAGUAAUGGAAAAUUCCUCGCAAACGCCCACUAUGUCUAUGACCAAGGGGGUGCAGAGGUUUACAUUGACUAGUGCAUAAUCAACAAACAACUGUGCAUGCAGUUGUAAUGAAGUGAUUUUGAUUUUAUGUUUUACACGCCAUAGGUAAAUACCAUUGGAACAUUUAAUGUAAUUCGACUUGUUGCAGAGCAAAUGGCAACAAAUGAACCAAAUGAGGGAGGAGAGAGAGGGGUGAUUGUCAACACGGCAAGUGUAGCUGCAUAUGAGGGUCAAAUUGGCCAAGCAGCAUAUUCUGCCUCAAAAGGUGCCAUUGUUGGAAUGACUCUACCAAUAGCACGAGACCUGGCUCAAAAUGGAAUCCGAGUCAACACAAUUGCUCCUGGUAGGUUACAGUUUCAACUAGAUCUAUACUUCUUAUGCUGGAAAGUGUCAGAAAAAAUAUUACUACUUAAAGACCUCAGAAUCUUGUUAUGCUAAAGAACCCAGUCAGCUGGGAGUGAUGCACAUGCACAUUAGAUCUACCAUUUCCUAGCUGAUUUGCAUAUCACAAGAUAUGUGUCAGCAUCAUACUGUUUUUAACCAAAUAUGAUGAAAUGAUAUAAUAUUAUAGCAUGAGUAGAAGAAUACUCAGACAGAAACACUGUUUCAGUAAAAAUCAAAGAUCGAAUGAAACAAUAGGCAAAAUUGAAGCAGAUUUCUAGAUGUAUUUGAUGUGUACCUUUGAUUUUCAUUUUUUACUACAUGUGGUGUCCAUGUCCAUGUGGUUCAAAGCUGACUGAGUCCUUUUAAGCACAUGGUACCUUUAAUAAAGGUUUGUUUAAAAAGUGAAUUGGAGGCAAGAACACACCUUUUUUUCAAUCAGGUGUACAGUAAAAGGCAAGUGACGUUAUUCAAGAAUAAAAAAGAUUGUGUAUAUCAUUUUGUGUACACGUACCAUAUGUGUGAACAUCUGCAUGUGCAUGUAAUGUUUUGAACAAUACAUUCAUCAACGAAAAAUUUUUUUCAAUUCAAAUUUGUUGGUCAGUAAAUGGUCAGUCUGUUUGUAUGUAGUAAAAUCAGUGGCUUGCUGUUUUUUUUCUGGGUAGUCACAAGUUUAGCCCUCGAUCAGGCCUAGCUCAUACAAUACAUGUAAUUACCAGAGGGUAUUUUAUAAACCUGUUAAGUGGAGUGCCUUUUAAACUGCUACUAGCUAGACUAGAUCAUACUCUGUAACUGAAAACAAAGUACAUUAAAGGGAACCUCCACUUCAACAAAAAGACAACUUUAAAUCACAGAAAAUAACUGUUACAGUCAAGUCAAUCUAAAAUAUUUUUAAAGAAAGCGUUUGUAUCCGAAAGAAAUAACUUUUAGAUUCGCCUAUUUUUGUUUUCAAAUUUUGCGGGCGUCGCCAUCUUGAAUAAUUGUGACGUGUAAUGGUUGCCCUAUUGUUAUUAAACAAAAGCUCUUUGUGUCAGAACAAUAGAGCAACCGUAACACGUCACAGUUAUUCAAGAUGGCGGCACCCGCGAAAUUUGAAAGUGAAAAUAAGCGAUUUUAAAAUUCACUUUUCCUGAUAUAAACACUUUUUUUAAGACAAAUUUCGAACAAAUUUGUUUAUCAGCAUAAUUUUAUUCGAUUUAAACUUAUUCUGUAGUAAGAGUGGAGGUUCCCUUUAACCCCAGUGUCACCCCUUGACUACAGUCAUAAACCAGUAACAGUCUUGGCCCCAUCCCUUUGUUCCCUUUGAGAGGCUCAGCUCUAAAACAUAGGAUUGGUUUAAUUUUCAGGUCUGUUUCUUACUCCAUUGUUGAUGGGUUUACCUGAGAAAGUUCGAGACCAGUUAGGAAAGCAGGUUCCAUUUCCAAGUCGUUUGGGAGAUCCUUCUGAGUAUGGGCAGUUGGUGCAGAGUAUUAUUGAAAACCCAAUGAUAAAUGGCGAAGUUAUACGGCUUGAUGGAGCGCUGCGUAUGCAGCCUUGAGAUGAUCAUCUUUCAACUAGUCUACUUAGGAUAAAGGUGCUCUCCAUAAGAGUGUGAUGAAAAGCUGCAGAGCCCUGAAGAAAAGAUUCAUUGUUGUAUUUUAAUUCCAGCGCUGAGUUGGUUGUUCAAAGGAUGAUUAGCUCAAAUCCAACCUAUGAUUAGUACUAACCCUGGUGGGUUAGCAGUAAUCAUGGGUGGGGAUGUACUGCUGCUGGGAGGUCAAACCCUUAGCCUAUACCAGACUUAAUGUGCAGCUCAAUAAUUUUGCUACCCCUUACUUGACCAAAAUGCCAAAAUCCUUCCUUAUCCUAGAGUCACAAUUUUUUAGAAACUGCUGAGUCCGGUGCUUUUGUUGAUAUCAACCUGGGUUAGGGGUAAAUUUAAACUUACCAAUUUCAUUUUUUGGAUGGUCACUUCCCUUUUGCCCUAGUCUACUCCUAGUUUCCUGGAAAGUGGUACCAUAUUUUAGACCCAAUCUCUUUGAUUUCUAUUCUCUAUCCCAGACCACACUGCUUACAAACCAUACCCUUCACAGCAGUAUACCUUCCGCCCCCGCCCCUCCCCGGGUUGCUAAUAGGGACUUUAAGAUGCCGCGGCGGUGACAAGAGCGACAACGACAACAUCAAAAAAGCAAAAUUAUUAGAUUGAAUAGGCAAAACAACACCUCUGCACGUGCAGCACGCUUCUCAGUAUAUUUCUUUUAAUUAUCGUCACUGCACGACUACGACGGGAAAAUGCCUAAUUUCACGUUUUAUGGAGGAUGUAAACAAGCGACGGUUAACAGUUUUCUUUAUCUUUCUGAACUUGAACAUGGCCCUCAGGAAUUCGGCUCAAAAAGAGUUUGCUUGCAUUUGACCAAGUAAAUGCAGAGUUGGAGUAAUAGCGAUAGAAAUUGAAAGAACACAAAUUCACUUUUUAAGCAACGUUUUCGUGGCCGUCACCGUCGUGGUAUCUUAAACUCCCUAAUUAGGCUUUAAACCGCAACUUCACCCUAAUGCAGGGUUCGUACAGAUCUCAGAAAACCUGGAAAGUCAUGGUCGGUUUUGGAAAGUUUUGUUUGAUAAAUUAGUUACUGCAGAUGACAGGGCAAAGACAAUGUAAGAUAGAGAAGAGUAUUAACAGCGCAAACGGCACGUAUUCUGAGUUUGUGUCUGUUGAAUUAUUUAAGGUCAAAAAAUACCCUAAAACAAGGAACGUUUUUAAUAUUUUUUAAACUGACUGCUAAACCUAGGGUCUUGGAAAACCUGAAGAGGUCAUGGAAAAAGCCAUGGAAAGUCAUGGAAUUUGCAGAGCUCAAAAGAGUACAAACCCUAUAAUGUUGCAAUAGCUUUGGUGCGAGAGAACAGAAACCUGCUUCUAACGUGAUCAAACUGUUACAGUUCUCCUUGCAAUUCCUUUGGUACUACUACUUUAUUUUCUUAUAAUCGUCGUUACGCUUGAAUUAGCGCUAGUAUUUUUCAAGAGAAUUUAAAUGCUGUUCUCUCGUAGGGGUUCAAGGAUUAAAUAAUAGGGACUUUUAGCAUCGACGACGGCGACGGCAGCGGAAACGUCACUUUAAAAAUGAAUUGGCGUUCUUUUAAGCUUUGUCGCGUUUACUGCAAUUCGCUGAAAAUGUCUAAUGUUACUGAAUUUGAUUUCUAGGGGAUCGCACUCAAGUUAAGAAAGAGAAAGAAAAUUUCGUCCUCGCUUGUUUACGCCCUUGAUAAAACAUGAAAUUAGGCAUUUUCACGUAGUAGCCGUGCAGUAACAGCAAAUAAAUGUACAAAAAAGCGUGAUGCACGUGCAAACUUGUUGUUUUGCUCAAUUAACCUAUUGCUUUUCUGACGUUCUCCAUGUCGUUGCCGUCGCCGUUGCUAAAACUCCCUAAUAGCUUAUUCCGAUGACGGAUCUAGUUUCUUUAAAAAUGCGAUUUUUUUAAAUGAGCGUCCUCUGAAAAUAAUAUAUUCGCUCUAAUCUAUUCUUAGUCAAUACUUAUACGUGCCAGUUAGUGACUAUAGUGGUAUACGUAUGAUAUUUUUUGAUGUAAGACGAAUAAAUAAUUGUUUUGACUUUCAGUGC